AGGAUAGUUUUGUAUAAAUAGCGCGAAGCUAGGAAUCACCUGGCAGAAUGUCUACAAUACAUCACUUGCACUGGACAAGAUAAACUGAACACAACACACACAGCACAAGCACUUUUCCUCUGAUGGCAUCCUUCUUAAAACAAUUAAGACUUCUUCUUUGGAAAAAUGGUCUGAGUGUCAUCCGGCAGCCGGCCUGGUCGGUGGCUCUCAUCAUCUGGCCAAUUGUCAUCUUCAUCAUCUUGGCCAUCACACGCUCACAGUUCCCUCCACAACUCAAAGACACAUGCUAUGUGGCGCCACGCAACCUUCCGAGCGCCGGGUUCUUCCCAUUCCUGCAGACGCUCAUGUGUAGCACAGACAGUCACUGCACCAACAAAUCCUACCUAACACAAGAACAGUCUAAAACCGUUUGGUACAUGGGUCAUCGACGACGCAGGGAUGUCCAAUCUCACAGUCUCCCAUCACUGCUUCAUGACUUACCUCCCCUGGCUCAUCUCCAGAAGGAAGGCCUUGUUCAUUCCAUCCUUAAAAGAGAUACAGCAAAUCAACCAGAACUCCAAGACUUAUGGGACCGAAUACUCAAUUCCAGCCUUGAGUCACAUCCUAAUGUAACCUCAGUCAUGCAGGCUUUGAACAACACCGUACUGGUUGAUCAGGAUUCAAUGAACGUUGUGUGGGACUCCAUUAGCGUCUUGAAAAAAUCCAUCUGCAACUUCUCCAUGACUGCCAUGAACAUAUCAGACAGUUCCCAGGUGGAUCCAUUCACAUACGGCCUAAUAAACUUCUGCAGGUCCAACAACACAGUUCUGGAAGCAUCCUUACUAACCCUAAACCAGGUGUUCCUGAAUAACCCAGAAGAAGUGUUGCAUACGGUCGGGGAGAGCGUGGUGGUUGUAGAUAGGCUUCAAGAAGAAACGUCAGUGUGGGACUUCUUGCUGGGCCUGCCUGAUCUCUUCCUAAAGCCCACAGAUCAAGAGAAGCUAAAAACCGGAGCGGUGGAAUUAGGAAGUCUAAAAAAUGUCUUGAGCUUCAUCCAGAUGAUUUUCCCAGAGGCCAAUGUUUCUGCCUCCGCCAUGAACGCAGUCAUUGAUAAAGCCAUUGACUUUUUCAACUACACCAGCUCUUGGCAAGGGAGAGAUACGUAUAUCAAAUUAAGUGAUGUCUUGACACAAAGCAGCAUUGAUCCCCUCGCCUCAGAGAUAAAGGACCUAAUCAGCCAAAUCCAGAUUCCUCUGGAAAAGAUUCAAGUGCUGCUCAUCGAUGAUGACUUCAAUACAUUUUUGUGCGACAAAAGCAUCACUGCCUCUUAUUGCCGGAGUUGGGAAGUGGGACAGAUAUUUCAAGCGAUACAUAAGGGGAAGGUUGCCCAGCAGGUGCUGGUGGCCUGGAGUCAGAGCUCUUCUUCAGCAGACAUUGCCUUUGCUAAAGAGAUGGUGAGCAACAUCUUGGGCCUCAUCUCUCCAGCAAGCUCCCAAGCUCUUUUUAAACACGUCAGGUCCUCACGUAGCACCAGCAAUGCUCAACCGCAGAGUUUGGGGGAACAAAUAUUCCUUGGAAUCGGCAAUGCAGCAUUUGACCUAUUGCGUGGACUGCCUGGCUGGGAAUACAUUCAGACUUUCAUGAUGGCUGGUCAUUCGUCCAUGCAGAUGGUGAGAGUUGCAAUGGAAGUGCAGAUGCCAUUUCUGAACACUGUCCUGAAAGACACCAAGACUCUCCAGGAAGUCCUCCUUUCCCUAGCUCAGAAUGAGACCGUUGCUAAUGCCUGGGCUGACAAUGUCAUUGAUUCCAUUGAGCAAACUCUGAUCAAAGUUUUUAAAGGCAACACUAACUGCAGCGAUCUGUAUGCUCCCUGGGCAUGGAUGUCUGCAUACACCUCUGUGAACCCCGAGCUGUGGAACACACUAGUUUGUUCUGAAAAUUACAUGUGGCUUGAACAAAUGUUGAUGACAUCACUUAACCCCGUAACUGAGAAGGUCCAACAGUUGGCUGGCAUUGUUAAUGGAAGUGUGAUGUAUAAUGUCACACCCUCCGUGAUCAUGUCAGAGUGGCACACAGUAUCAUCAACAUCCAUGGUUUAUGGUACUGCCCUCCAAAACUUGGUAACUAAGCUUGGUCAGACAAACUUCACAGCAUGGAUGUCAGAGCAAAUUCCAGUUCAUUUGUCCCAGAUUCUUAUGACCAGGGGUUUGGAGAAGUUUAAAACCAUUAGUCCUCAGCUGGAGCAGAGCUGUCUUUGGCCCUCCAUGGAACCGUACUUCCAUAUGGCUUAUUGGAUUAUGACCUACCAACCCAAUGUCACCACAUCACCAAACUGUACUCUUCAGUCGUAUGCCCUUACAUGCCAGACCAACUUUACAUGGGAAACAUUUGUUCCAUUGAUUCAAUCUCUGAUCGCUGAAAUGUCAAGCAAUCCUGCCAGCCUGCUUAGACCUAUCCAGGGAACACUGGCUCUUCUUCAAAGCGUCUACCAUGACAGAUACAUGGCACUUUUGCAGCAGGUUCUUGCCAGCAACUCCAGUCCACUGUUCAGCAAUGAUACGUUAGCAAUUUCAGCAAAAGGCCUGUUGCUAAACCUCAUCAAUACAGUUGAUAAAGAAAUUCGGCUUCUCUCCAAUAUUGAGUCCACUGAGCAGUUUAACACUCAGCUCUCACACUCACUGUUAAAUGACAUCAUGGCCUCUCUUGGAUUGGGACAGCUUGAGAACAUCUUGUCCGACGGUUUGCCCAUCUCCAGUCUUCACCCAGUUGUUCAGAAUAUCCUUCAGUUCCUGCGAAACGAUUCCGUACUGAUGCUACGCAAUGAGGGGGAGUUUGCUGUAAUGAGUGAAAUUUUGCGCCAGCUUGGAACCGUCUUACCAUCACAGCAACAGAAUCAGGUAGAAGCAGUGCUCAACUACACUCAUGCCCUGAUUAGAGAUCUGAAGAUCUGCUCAGCUAUUGGUCAGGACUGUGUGGGUGACGCCCAAAAGGUGUUUGAGCUUCUUAACCUCACCGUUUCUCUCCUUCCCGAUAAACCUUUUAAUAGCCUAGCCCUCAAUGGUAAUAUGACUCUCUCUGUUGUUGGCGACGUGCUAUCUCUGGUCUUGCCAUGGAGCAUGUCAGUGCCAGCAGAAUCCACUUCCGAGAUCGUCAAAAAGGUCCAACAUCUUCUUCACCAGAUUUAUGCAUCUUCUAAUGAAAAUUUAACAAGUAUUAAUGACGCGCUACAAGCCUCCAAUCUCACUCUUUCAGAAUUAGAACAAGUCCUAAAUGCUAUUAAGAUAUAUAAUGGGUCAGUGUUCAACAAUAAACUGCAUCUGUUUCUUGCCAAUAUGAGCAUUCAAAGCCCACAAUGCCUGAUCAGUCAAACCAUUCAGACUUCUCAAAGACCGCUCUAUGGAGAAGCUGAUUGUGUACUUCAGUUCAUUCAGAGUGCUGUUGGUUUGCUACCUGUGGCAGAGGACGUUCAAACAACUCUUGGACACUGGCUCAGCAUCACUGCUGCAGAAUUAAAGAACUUUUCCAGUCCCGAAACCAACGCACUAUGGGUGACAGAAGAGGUACUUACAACAACACUGUCAACCAUCAGACAAAACCUUCAAAGUCUUCAUGUGGACAAUGUGACUGUGAUUAAAGGUGAGCUUAACAUUCUGGAAGACCUUUUGAGAAUCUCUUUCAGAGAAAGGUAUCCGUAUCACACCAUAAACUCAACACUGAUGGUUCAUGGAGAUUAUGCACAGAAGGUGUAUGGAGAAAUCACAAUGUGGUACCUAAGCAAGCUUGGGAAUGCCACCAGCGGCAGCACGUUUGCAGAGAUUCUCCAACCGUUGAUUCACAUGGCCAAGAAGCACGUGGACUUCAUCAACACAGAGACACAGUUGAACACACUGGUAAUGAAUCAGAUCCAAAACUUGAGCGCUAACGUGAAGCUUCCUCUGGAUGGUGAAGAUCUUACGCAAGUUGCCAAUGCGAUCAUGACUAUAUUGCAAGGUGAGCUGGGACUGAUCAAAACGAACCUUGAAAUCCAACAGGUGUUCUAUGAUUUUGUUGGCUCGCCAAUGAAUGUCAAUAUCCCAGAUGAAAUUGAGGCUCAAAUCAUGACCUACCUCAACUUGACAAAGGAUUGGAUCACUAACCCACAACUGACAGCAGCACUUGGCAGAAUCUUCCAGUGGGACAUUAGCUCUCUAGAUAUAGCAACACCUGGGAUGGAUCUGGAGCAUCUCAUUCAAGCCAUGACUCCCCUACUCUGCCGUGAGGAGCAAACCUUCCUUGCUGUUGUUGAACAGGUCUCUCAAUCGGUAAACUAUGCUAUACACUUAGCUAACAGUGAUGGUGGUCUCCAAAGUGAAAACUUCACCAAUUCCAUCAUUAGUGCUAUGAGUGUGGUUCUGGAAAGUAUUUCUAAUGAGACUGGAGGUCUACCUCAGGAUGUGAUUCAUGGUAUUCUUGGUGCUGUUCAUGGUUCGCUCCAGUUGAUCCUGAACCCCAAUAUGAGCAACACUCAAGCUGGAAACAUAACGCAGGAGACUAUUAAGCAUGUGGAUGAGGUAAUUCAUGCUCUCUUGCCAGUCGAGGUAACAGGGGUGCUGGUUCCCAUCACAAACAGCCUUUUGACCUAUUUGCAGUCCAUCUCCCAACCUGGUGGACCUGACAAAUGGAACCAAGUCAUUCUUAAUGUCAUGACAGAUCUUCAGAAUUCAGUGUCGUCAAACAGCACAGCUCAGCCCAUCAUUUCCAUGUUGCUCAACAUCACAGAAUCCAUUCUGAGCUCAGAUAAAGACAACAUGACAGGGAACUGGAUUGCUAACCUUCAGCUAACUAGUAUAUUUAACCAAACUCUAGUUGUACCUCAGGGCAUGGUUGACACCAUUCUUGUUGGUUAUUAUGGUUUGCUUCAGUUGAUCACAAAGCCCAAUAUGAGUUACACUGAAGCUAAUAACCUCACAAUGGAGACAAUCCAGAAAGUGAAUGAAGUAAUUCAGACUCUUUGGCCUGGGGAGACAGCUGAGGUGCUGGUUCCAGUGACAAACAGCAUUUUCACCAUUUUGAACAGCAUCUCCAAACCUGUUGGAUCUGAUAACUGGAAUGAAGUCAUUAUUAACCUGAUGAAAGAACUGAAGAAUUCGCUGCCGUCAAACAACACAGCCCAGUCCAUCAUUUCCAUGUUUCUAAAGGUCACAGAAUCCAUUCUAAGCUCCAGUGAAAGAAACUUUACUAGCAACCAGGAUAUCAUUAGCUUUGCAGAUAAUAUAACAUCCAUGAUGGACCAACUAAUCCAAUCCCUGCUCUCGCCUGAAGAGAUGGCCUACAUCACAGUUUCUGAGCAGGUGCUGCAACAUCUAAACUAUGCUCUGGACGUGGCCAUUUCUGAUGGUGGCCUACAAAACGAAAAGUUCUCAAAAUCCAUUGUCAGUGCUAUUGGUGUGGUUCUGGAGAGAAUGUCCAAUGAGACUGGACGUUUACCUCAGGAUGGGAUUCACAACAUUCUUGGUGCUUUUCAUGGUUCGCUCCAGCUGAUCCUGAACCCCAAUAUGAGCAACGCUCAAGCUGGAAACAUCACACAGGAGAUUAUUAAGCAGGUGAAUGAGGUCCUUCAUGCUCUUUUGCCAGCGGAGGCAACUGAGGUGUUGGGUCCCAUAACAAACAGCAUUUUGACCUAUUGGCAGACCAUCUCCCAACCUGGUGGACCUGACAAAUGGAAUGAAGUCAUUCUUAAUGUGAUGACAGAUCUUCAGGAUUCAGUGUCGUCAAACAGUAAAGCUCAGCCCAUCAUUUCCAUGUUGCUCAACAUCACCAAAUUCAUUCUGAGCUCAGAUAAAGUCAACUUGACAGGGAACUGGAUUGAUACCAAACAACUGACUGGAUUGUUUAAUGAAACUAUAUCUUUACCUCUGGAUGUGGUUGACAACAUUCUUGUUGGUUAUUAUGGUUUGCUUCAGUUGAUCACAAACCCCAAUAUGAGUUACACUGAAGCUAAUAACCUCACAGUAGAGACCAUCCAGAUGGUAGAUGAAGUCAUUCAAACUCUUUGGUCGGUGGAGACCGCUGAAGUGCUGGUUCCAGUCACAAACAGCAUUAUCAUCCUUUCGAGCAGCAUCUCAAAACCUGGUGAACCUGAUAACUGGAAUGAACUCAUUCUUAACCUGAUGAAAGAACUCCACAACUCCCUGCCGUCAAACAACACAGUCCAGUCCAUCAUUUCCAUGUUUCUAAAGGUCACAGAAUCCAUUCUAAGCUCCAGUGAAAGAAACUUUACUAGCAACCAGGAUAUCAUUAACAUUGCAGAUAAUAUAACAUACAUUAUGGACCAACUAAUCCAGUCCCUGCUUUCACCUGAAGAGGUGGCCUCCAUCACAGUUUAUGAGCAGGUGCUGCAACAUCUAAACUAUGCUCUAGAGGUGGCCAAGUCUGAUGGUGGUCUACAAAACGAAAAGUUCUCAAAAUCCAUUGUCAGUGCUAUUGGUGUGGUUCUGGAGAGAAUGUCCAAUGAGACUGGACAUUUACCUCAGGAUGGGAUUCACAACAUUCUUGGUGCUUUUCAUGGUUCGCUCCAGCUGAUCCUGAACCCCAAUAUGAGCAACGCUCAAGCUGGAAACAUCACACAGGAGAUUAUUAAGCAGGUGGAUGAGGUCCUUCAUGCUCUUUUGCCAGCGGAGGCAACUGAGGUGUUGGGUCCCAUCACAAACAGCAUUUUGACCUAUUGGCAGACCAUCUCCCAACCUGGUGGACCUCACAAAUGGAAUGAAGUCAUUCUCAAUGUGAUGACCGAUCUUCAGGAUUCAGUGUCGUCUAACAGUACAGCUCAGCCCAUCAUUUCCAUGUUGCUCAACAUCACCAAAUCCAUUCUGAGCUCAGAUAAAGUCAACAUGAAAGAGGACUGGAUUGAUACCCAACAACUGACUAGUUUGUUUAAUGGAACUGUCGCUUUACCUCAGGAUGUGGUUGACAACAUUCUUGUUGGUUAUUAUGGUUUGCUUCAGUUGAUCACAAACCUCAAUAUGAGUUACACUGAAGCUAACAACCUCACAAUAAAGACUAUACAGACGGUGGAUGAAGUCAUUCAAGCUCUUUGGCCUGUGGAGACUGCUGAGGUGCUGGUUCCAGUCACAAACAGCAUUAUAAAAUUUUUGAACAGCAUCUCCAAACCUGUCGGACCUGAUAACUGGAAUGAAGUCAUUCUUUAUGUGAUGGAAGAACUCGUGAUUUCCCUGCCGUCAAACAACACGGCUCAGUCCAUAAUUUCCAUGUUUUUAAAGGUCACAGAAUUCAUUCUAAACUCCAGUGAAGGAAACUUCACAAGCAACUGGAUUGACCACCAGGAUAUCAGUAACUUUGCAGAUAACGUAACGUCCAUGAUAGAUCUUGAUCAACUAAUCCAAUCCCUGCUCUCGCCUGAAGAGAUGGCCUUCUUUGCAAUUUCUGAGCAGGUGGUUCAGCAUCUAAACCAUGCUCUAGAGGUGGCCGGCACCGAUGGUGGUCUUCAAAGUGAAAAGUUCACAGAAGCCAUCAUCAGUGCUGUGAGUGUGGUUCUGGAGGGUUUGCAGAAUGAGACUGGACCUCUACCUCAGGAUGGGAUUCACAACAUUCUUGGUGCUUUUCAUGGUUCGCUCCAGCUGAUCCUGAACCCCAAUAUGAGCAACACUCAAGCUGGAAACAUCACACAGGAGAUUGUCCAGAGGGUGCAUGAAGCGAUUCAUGUCCUUUUACCAGAAGAAGUGACUGAGGUGUUGGCUCCCAUCACAACUGGCAUUUUCACCUAUUUUAAGACCAUUUCCCAACCUGGUGGACCUAACAAAUGGAAUGAAGUAAUUGUAAAUGUGAUGAGAGAGCUUCAAAAUUCUCUUCCGUCAAACGGCACAGCUCAGUUCAUCAUAUCUUCGGUUCUUAAAGUCACAGAGCACAUUUUGAGCCCACAACAAGGUCAUGCAAACCCUUGGGAAUACUUUGGAAACUUCAGUCUAGACAACAUCAGUAAAUUAACAGCACAGCUGACAGAGUUCAUGAGCUCUGUGUCCCCAUUCUUGAACGAAUCCUCUCACAUGGUCACGCAAGCUGUAGCCGUGCUGGUCCAGAUCAUCUCUGGGAACGCUGAAGAACUGACCUUUGACAAGUUGGAGGAGAUGCUGGCUGCUUUCUUGUCAACUUUCCGUGAAACUGCUGUGUGGGAGUCAUUUCCCUCUGUUGUGUCUACAAUGCAGACGAUCAUUGUUAACAGUACUCAAAACAUACAGGCGCAAACAGCGUUCUUCUACACACUUCAGGGGCCAUUGUACAGCAUUUUGUCAGACAUCUUUUAUGGCGUGAAUGCAAGCGGUUUCAACAUUUCAUAUGUUGUUGAUGGAUUGCCACAUGCCCUUUUGUUGACCACAGAAGCUGCUUCACAGGCUGGUUUGGAGGGUAAUAGCCUAAACUGCAGCUACAUGCUGGAAAUAUGGAAGGAUGUUGGAAAUGUUGCUGGCAUCAGUGAAGAUGAUGUUGUCUUGUGGUGUAACGUCCACCUACAGCCUGUCACGGUAGCUUUCAGUACACCACAACUUGCAACAACAGCCUACAAUAUGACGGAAAUGGACCCUCUGUGGGCAAAUAAGACUGCAGACAUGAUGGUCGAGUUGCUGGAGACGUUCUACAGAGUGGCUUUAAACUACACCUUUGCUGGUGAACACCUAAUGGAAAACCUGUUGUAUUACACGUCAACAUUAUCCAACCUCUCUGUGCCAGAAUUAACAAACCUGGCUAACUGGAACAACCAGCUUUACCAGACACAGCUUCAACAAAGCAUGUCCGCAAUACAAAUGGCUCUGGACCAAAUCGGCGAUGAGCAUCCCGGGAUGAUGCCAUACAUCAAUGCAAUUCAAGAAACCAUACAUUACACCUUACAAAAUGGUCUUCUGCAAAACUCAACUUCAGACCCAGAGAUUAUCAUGCAGGCUUUAGAGAUUGCCCUAACUGGAAUGAACUUUACAGAGGAAUUCAUCCAUUAUUUCCGUAGUGGCGACAUGUUUAUGAACCCCAAUGUAAGCACAAUUGACAACAUUAUAAAUGAUGUGAUCCAACUAGUCGUUAGUAUGGAAUUGCUGGGAGAUUCGCCAAUGCUGUAUGGAAUAAUGCAACAGUUUGUGUAUUUGGAUAACACAAGUGGCAUCCUGUGGAAAAUGAUUGAGUUUGUCAACUGGAUGAGCUUCACUGAAGAAACUGGAAUCAACUUUGUCAUAGAGGGCCUGCCCAAGCUGUACGAGAUCGUGAGGCAAAUUCUGCCGGCUUUAACCACGGUGACAUCUCCACGGCAGUGCUUUGCUGAUACUUUCAUUGACAUCGCAGGGAAUGUUUUGUACUUGUUGAGACAAAUCAAACAAACCAGUGAGCUUUUUGAUCCGGCGAAACACUAUCUGAACCCACUCCAAAUGCAGCUGUCUCAAGGACAAAACCUACAUGAACUUUUGUCCCAUACUAGAAACACCAGAAGACACACAGGAACGAGGGAACCAGUGGAUGACUUCCUCGACCUUCUUGACAUCGACUACCAAGCCUUGCUUCAGAUUCUCUCCAUUCCACUUACCACAACUGAGAUUCUGGAGACCAUGCAUGUGUUCUUUGCCAAUCCAGACAUGGCUGUCAUACUGAAGGGGCUUUCGGGAGCAGGUCAUGAGGAAACCAUUGACACGAGUCUGAAUGUGCUGUCCUACGUGACACUCCCCAAUAAUGGAGAAAAACUCCUGGAGAUGUUCAUGGACAUUAACAAUGAAGGAUGGAAUCUGGAAAACCUACAUAAAAUAGAGAAGCUAGCACAGAGCCUGGGACAAACGGUCGAUGUGGCUAUGGGGCUUUCAGACCAGCCUUCUCUGAACAUCACGCAAAGAAUUGAACAUGUGGCUGGACAACUUCAAGCCUCGGUGACCAACAUGGUCUUAAAUGAAGGAAAUGUCACCAGUGCUGUCCAGUUCCUCAGUGCCCUCAACACCAUCCUUUCUGAGAACUUUGAGGAAGUCAAUGAUGUCAGCCCUCAAGUCGCUGGUAGUCUUCUAAACAUACUUGGUCCUUUUUCAAGUCCAGGGUCACAGAUGAUUGUGGCAUCCUAUUUGACGGCCGUGGACCAAACUGCAGAGGCCUUCUCCUCUCUACUCUCUGGAGAUGAAGCAAUGUAUUUCAACAUAUCUAGAGAAAUGCUCAAAGCAUUUGCAUUGCUUGAGGCGUAUCCUAAAGAUGAGAAUGAAGUCCUGCAUGCCACCAACCUGAUUUCGGACUCUCUAAACCAUCUCCUUAACCUUUUGCAAAUCACAACGAUUCCAACCGGACAGUCCGUCGAAGAGAUUACCCACCCCCUUAUCCUAAGCAGUGCGUUGGCCACCCAAAUCCUGUUUAACCUCUCCAUGUCUAACUACAGCCUGAGCAACAAUGCGGAGAUAGAGUGGCAGCUGACCCAAAUUUUCAAUCAGAUGGCUGCCGACCUCCCCAUGGAAAGCCAUGUGUACCUCCAUGCUGUGAAAUCGGCUCUCUUCAGUGCCCGUUCAAUAGUAUCCAAUGCUACAGAAAUCAUUCCCAACUUCCCACAAAUCUCCCAGGAGGUUACGGCCUCUCUCCUUUCCUCCCUAAACAUAACGUAUGAUCCAAUGUCCGAGGAAAUGUCUCCAGUAGACCUCGCUUACAUCUUGAUGACAGUGUCUAAUCAAGUGUCCGUGACUCUUUUCGAAGGCCUCACGGCAACCGACUAUCCUAUCCAAAUCUCUCAAGUGGUGAAUUCUUCAAGUGAGGCUUUACUGACUUUGUACCCAAUAAUGCCUCUUGACGGACAACCGUACCUCAAUAUGACAAUCCACCUCAUGGAGACAAUGACCUCUGUCGUCAACGACUCAAACUCAGUUGAGGAUGUAGACGGGGCGGUAUCUCUCAUAGUCAAUACUAUCAACAGUCUGCUCGCCAUGGUGCCGCAGGUUAAUACGAACUCCACGGACGACAUUAUGGGUAACCUGGAACAGACCCUGAAGGCCGUUCUAAUGAUCCUCCAAAUGGACCAAAACCCUCUCGCCCAAACGGCUGACAUUACCCAGCAGCUGAUGCACACCAUCCAAAACCUCUACCCGCAGGGCAACGGCAGCAUGGAGUUUGAUCUGGCCAAAUUAGUGCUGGGGGAUGCCAACAUAAGUAUUGACCAUCUGCAGAUGAUGAAUGACACCAACUGGACAAACAAGGUUCCUUUGAUGCUGGCAGAUUUAGCCGACACUGUUCCAGAUGACCUGCAGUAUGCUACUUUUAUUAAGACCGUCAUGAGGAGUUUGGCCAACGAAUCCCAAGAGAAUCUCCACCUUCUACAGGAAGUGCUCAACACUGUCUUUGAAGUCGGCUCAGCCAGUUGGAUGAAUGAGAGUUCGGGGCUGAUACUUGACCGCCUGUUGGCUCAGGUGUGUGCUCUGGAAGACAUGUCCUCUGUGAAGCUGAUCAGCCAGACGUUGUCGUUGGACCACAAACCGCUGUGUACCAUGGCCAUUCCCAUCAUCCAGGCCAUCCGUGUGCUCAUGCUCGGCGCAGUGAAUGACAGCAUUAGCAUCUCCGAUGUGAUUUUCCAGACUUUUGUGGGAAACCUGAGCACUUACAACACUGCAGUGGACUGGACGUCUACGCUCUCUCAAAUUGUUGGUUUUAACAUCUCAUUGCUGAAAAGUCUGAGAAUUAAUAUGCCAGCUCCAGCUGAAGUGAAAGUAUCAGAGCUGCUGGAAAACACGACCCUGUUUGUUGAGGAUGUCAUGCGGUAUACCAGCUUUCCACCUGAAUAUCUUAAGGCACUUCUAGAGUCCCCUCUACCCAGCAGUAAUCUGCAGAUCUUGAAAUUUUUGGCAGACCUGAAGCAGUGUUCGAACCUCUCAUCUCUGGGUCUGAGCCCUCAAGGACAGGCUGUCUUUAGCGCUUUCUGUGAUCUGCCAGUCAAUGACUGGUACAGCAUGACACUUCUGUUGGUUCGGCACGUGGACAUGAAGUCUGCUAUAUUCAGGCUUAUAGUAUCCAAAGAAAUUCAGGAUUUGGUGGGAGUCAUGCUUGAGAUGAUCAAUUUCCUGACAGAAAUGAUGAGCAAGCUGGCUCCCGCCCUUAAGAAACUGCAGGAGUACCUGACAGCAAUAGAAGAGCUAAACCUGGUGGCCAACCAGGAGUUUCACAGUCUGGUAAGAGGAAAGCGCUCAACCAUUUCGAGCAGAGCCACCUUGAGCACCAUCUCUCGCGCCUUGUGCAAAAAUGGCAUCCUGACUCUUUUCGCCAUCGGUAAACUUCCCAUCGCAGCUGACACGGAUCCCUCCGUCCAGGAGGUCCACAGGAGGGAGCAACUCAUCGAGAAGUUCAAAAUCCCACACAAUGCCAGUCCCUUCUGUAUGAACCUCUACUUGGAUAUGGUGAAUACAACAGGGGGCGCUGUGGCCUGGGCCUUCCUCAAACCCAUGCUGUUGGGACAGGUCUUGUACUCGCCAGACACGCCUCUGACCAGAGAAAUCAUCAAAAAGUCAAAUUCCACACUGAAUCAGUUUGGUGAUCUGAAGCUGUAUUCUGCAGAGUGGUUAAAGUCAUCGUCUUAUGUCAUGCAGUCCGCUAAUGUUCUGGCUAAAACAUUGCCGAUUCUUCAGAACUCUCUGCGCAAUCCCUUCGUCCAAAACUUCAUUCAGACUCAGACUGGUAUUGAUGUCACACAGAUGAGUGCAACGCUCAGCCAGUUCUCUAACAUGACAGAUCUGUUAGCGCAAAACAAGUUCAUCAUGGAUCAGAUCACCACCCUCUCCAACCUGAUGAUGAACCUCUCCUCCUGUGUGAACUUCGACCGAUACAGAGGCUUCAAUUCUUCUGAUGAGCUUAACACCCGUGCUGAGAAGCUGGCUCAGAACCGAGAGCUCUACGCCAGCGUCAUCUUCAAACUUCCCAAGGAGAAGUCAAACUCCAGCCUGCCCCAUGAAAUCGACUACACCAUCCGCAUGAACAUCGAGAACUCCAUGCGGACGGACCGUGCCCGGAAUCCCUUCUGGGUCAAGGAUGCCUUCAUCUCGGCCAUUGACACUCUGCGGUACAGUCGAGGCUUUGUGUACCUGCAGGAGAGCAUUGAGAGAGCCAUCAUUGAAAUGCAGACGGGUAAAGCCAUGGAUGGGCCCGCCGUCCAGAUCCAAGCCUUCCCGUAUCCCUGUUACUACAAGGACGAGUAUCUCAACAGCAUUGCUUUUGCCUUCCCGAUGGCGCUCAUGAUUUCUUGGGUUCUGUUUAUUGCCAACUUUGUGAAAAAGCUAGUCCACGAGAGGGAGCUGCGACUCCAUGAGUACAUGAAAAUGAUGGGCGUCAAUCCCAUCAGCCACUUCUUUGCCUGGUUCAUUGAGAGCGCCGGGUUCAUUGUGGUCACCACCAUCAUCCUCACCAUCAUUUUGAAAGCGGGCGGCAUCCUCCCUUACAGCGACGGCUUCGUGAUCUUCCUCUACCUGUGUGACUACGGCCUCAGCAUCCUCGCCAUCAGCUUCCUGGUCAGCUCCUUCUUUGACAAGACUAACAUCGCCGGGCUGAGCGGCAGCCUCAUCUAUAUCAUCUGCUUUUUCCCCUUCAUCGUGCUGAUUCACCUGGAGGACAACCUCUCGUUCUCUGUGAAGAGCGCGCUGGGUCUCUUUUCUCCGACAUGCUUCAGCUACGGCAGUCAGUAUAUCACACGCUAUGAGAAACAGGAAGAAGGCAUCCAGUGGAACAACAUGUAUGUUUCUCCUCUGGCCGGUGACACGACAUCCUUCGGUUGGCUCUGCUGGCUGCUCCUCAUCGAUUCAGGGUUGUAUUUCAUCAUCGGUAUUUACAUCCGCAUGGUCUUCCCAGGCAAGUAUGGCAUCAGUGUUCCCUGGUACUUCCCUUUUACACGGUCCUUCUGGGCGGAUAUGUUCAGCUGCUGUAUCAGAUCACCAAAGAAGAUUGGCAGAGGGCUUCUCUUCACCAACAUGAUGCAGGAACACAACAACCGUGAUAAAAGCAAAGGUACAAAUACUUUCUUGGCUAAUGGGGAAGAAGAUGUCUCACGGUUGCCUGUGGGAGUCUCGCUCCACAGCCUGACAAAGACCUACGGCCACCGGCAUGCGGUAGACAACCUGAAUCUUUCUUUCUACGAGGGACAUGUCACCUCUCUGCUGGGUCACAAUGGUGCUGGGAAAACCACCACUAUGUCACUUUUGACCGGCUUGUUUGCACCCACCUCUGGCACCAUUGAGGUCUAUGGAAUGGACAUGCAGACUUAUAUGGAGGAUGUGCGGAAGGAGAUGGGCGUGUGCAUGCAGUAUGACGUCCUUUUCGAUCACCUCACCACCAAGGAACACCUACUGUUAUACGCUCAGAUCAAAGCCCCCCAGUGGAACAUGCAGGAAGUGAACGAACAAGUGCGCAGGAUUCUAAAGGAAACAGGCAUGUACGCCCACCGGCAUAAACGCGUCGGCACCCUGUCAGGCGGUAUGAAGAGGAAGCUAUCCAUCUCCAUCGCCUUCAUAGGAGGCUCUCGGCUGGUGGUGCUGGAUGAACCGACCACCGGGGUGGAUCCCUGCUCUCGACGCAGCAUCUGGGACAUCGUCCUUCAGCACAAGCAAGAACGCACCAUCAUUCUUUCCACCCAUCACCUGGAUGAGGCCGAGGUUCUCAGCGAUCGCAUCGCCUUCCUGGAGCGCGGAGGCCUGAAAUGCUGCGGUUCUCCAUUUUACCUGAAAGACAAGCUGGCUAAAGGUUACAACCUCAUCCUUACGAAGAAGGUUCAGUGUCCUGAUUCAAAGGAAAAGUUUAACAGCGAGGAACUAAAACAAUUCAUUCAGUCCCACCUGCCUGACGCUCGGCCGAAAGAGGGAGACGUCGGUGAAGUGGUGUACUCUCUCCCGCCGUACAGCCCCCAGAACGCAGUCGCGUACCAAUCACUACUCAACAGUCUGGAUCAAAACCUGGACAGUCUUCAGCUCGGCUGCUAUGGCAUUUCAGACACCACCCUCGAAGAGGUGUUCCUGCAGUUGACUCGAGACGAUAUGGAGCCUGAAGUAAACAGCCUCCCUUCUGUGUCAGAGUCUGUGCUGGUGAAUGACUUAUUUGCUUCGAGAGACAGUAUUCCGGACGACAUCAACAGCAUGUAUCUCGGAGAGAAAGCCAGCCUCAACGGCAGCUCGAGCGCGAGUGGGUUGGCCCUGACCGCACAGCGUGUGAUGGCCAUGCUGCUGAAACGUGUGCAUCACUCCAAGAGGGAUUGGAAGGGUCUGAUCUCACAGGUGGUGCUGCCUGUGCUCUUUGUCAUCGCCGCCAUGGGUCUAGGCUCUAUCAAGAGUGAUCUCCAGCACUUUCCGAAAAUGGAGCUGACGCCUGCUCUCUACCACGUUGAUGAACAAUAUGCUUUCUUCAGCAAUCAGAAUUCCAGCAGCAGCAGACUUGUAGACACCAUGAUGUCCUAUCCAGGCAUUGACCACUUCUGCAUGAAAGACCCCAGUAACCCGGUUUGCUUGGAGAGGCAUAACAAAGGAGCAGAGACUUGGCUCUCCAGAGGCAACAACUCGGCUACGUUUUCCACCUGCAAGUGUAGCAAGCAAAUGCAGUCAUGUCCUGCCUCAGGUUACGAUCCUCCUCACAUAAGAAAUCCAUCAUCCCAGAUCGUCUACAACCUGACGGGCAUCAACAUAGAGAACUAUCUGCUGUCCACUGCAAAUGACUUCAUUAGAAACAGAUACGGAGGCUGGGAAUUUGGAAAGCCCCUCCCUAUUGAUCUCAAGAUGGACAUGUUAGACGUACCACAGAACAGAACUCUUUCUAAGGUUUGGUAUAACCCAGAAGGCCACCACAGCAUGCCAGCUUACCUCAACAGCCUCAAUAACUAUCUGCUCAGAUCCAGUCUGCCACCUGAGAAACGACAAAAAUACGCUAUCUCGGUAUCCAGCCACCCCUAUCCUGGCCAAGUUCAAGGAGAAGAUAUCAUGGUGGGAAGUCUGGUCAGCAUUCUGGUCUCACUCUGCGUCAUCACCGGCUACUCCAUCAUGACCGCCAGCUUUGUCAUCUAUGAGGUUCAGGAACAUCACACCGGUUCCAAGAGACUUCAGCAGAUCUCUGGCAUCAGCGAGCAUUUUUACUGGAUCAUCAACUACUUUUAUGAUAUGGCUCUUUACAUGGUUCCCGUGGUCCUCUCUGUGGUUACGGUAGCGGCAUUUCAGCUCUCGGCCUUCACAGACAGGCAGAACCUAGCCGCAGUCACUCUUCUGCUGGUGCUAUUCGGCUUUGCUACCUUCCCUUGGAUGUAUCUUCUGUCUGCUGUAUUCAAGGAUACAGAGAUGGCCUUCAUCGGUUAUGUGUGCAUCAAUCUGUUCAUCAGCGUCAACACCAUCAUCUCCACUUCCAUUAUCUACUUCCUCAGUCAACUCAACCCCAACAAACAGAAUGUUCAGGAUAUGUACCGAACCAUGAGCAACGUGUUUCUAGUCUUCCCUCAGUUUAGCUUUGGAAACGGGCUGAUGGAGCUGGCACGGGUUGACAUGCAGGUUCAGAUCUUGAAUGCUUACGGGGUGGACGCCUACAAAAACCCUUUCAGCAUGGAUGUGCUUGGCUGGAUGUUCAUCGCCUUGUUCCUGCAGGGUGUCAUCUGCUUCACGCUCCGCCUUUUACUUAACAGGUCACUCAUUCGCAAAGUCAGACGGCUAAUCUGUCGUAAGAAGAUCGUUGCUCGGAGCUAUAGUCCCAAUGCUGAUGAAGAUGUGAUAGCUGAACGCCUGCGAGUGGACAGUGGGGCUGCGAGUGCAGAUAUUCUGCAGGUUAACCAGCUGAGUAAGAUCUACCAGCAUCUGAAGAGGAGUGUUCACGCUGUCAAUGGCCUGUCCGUGGGCAUCCCAGCUGGAGAGUGUUUUGGAUUGCUGGGAGUCAAUGGUGCAGGGAAGACCACCACCUUCAAGAUGCUGACAGGAGACAUUACCCCCACCGACGGCUCGGCUAAGAUCUGUGACAUUGACGGGAGAAUGGUCGACAUCAUAGACUGCAGGAGAGAGGGCAUAAACAUCGGUUACUGCCCCCAGGUGGACGCUCUAGAUGACCUUCUGACCGGAGAGGAACAUCUCUAUUUUUACGCCCGCAUCAGGGGCAUUUCCAAGAGAGAAAUUGACCGGGUCGUGAACUAUCUAUUGCAAAAGAUGGAGCUGAAUUACCACAGACACAACACGAGCGAGAGCUACAGUUGCGGAACACGCCGGAAACUAUCCACAGCCCUUUCCCUUAUCGGAAAUCCUCAGAUCCUUCUACUGGAUGAACCCAGCUCUGGAAUGGACCCACGCUCCAAACGCCACCUUUGGAGAAUCAUCCAGGAGCAGGUGAUGGGCAAAUGUGCUGUGGUGCUGACAUCACACAGUAUGGAGGAGUGUGAAGCCCUGUGCACCCGUCUGGCUAUAAUGGUAAAAGGAGAGUUCAGAUGUCUCGGCUCCCUGCAGCACAUCAAGAACAGGUUUGGCAAAGGAUUCACCGUUAAAAUGUACUUAGCCGGAGCCUCCUGUGACGUGGAUAUGAUCAGUAACUUCAUGCAGCAAAAUUUCCCCAGCGUGUACCUAAAGGACCAUCAUUCCAACAUGGUGGAGUAUCACGUGCCCGUUGCUCCUGGUGGUGUGGCGUCCAUCUUUAACCAGCUGGAGUCCAACAAGGCUGUUCUGCAAAUCCAACACUUCUCGGUCAGCCAGACCACGUUGGAUGAGGUUUUCAUUAACUUUGCUGAAGGGAAGAUGGACGCAGACACGCAAGAAAUGACUGAAGGAUCAGACGUUGACAGUCUAGACUCAUACAAUGCUCUAGACACAUGAACUACUUGAUUUGCACACAAUAGCAUUAAAUGA